UCUUUGUGCAAUGAACCCUGCCACUCUGGUCAUCGGAAGAAAACGAAGGAAGGGGAAAGGUUUUGUUGCUAUGAUUGUGCUCCAUGCCCAGAGGGGAAGAUUUCAAACCAGAUUGAUAUGGACGUCUGUUUCAAUUGCCCAGAAGAUCAGUAUCCAAACAGGAAGAGAAAUGGAUGCAUCCCCAAAGUUGUACACUUUUUGUCCUAUAAAGAACCUUUAGGGAUCACUUUAACCUCACUUAGUGUCUUAUGUUCUCUGAUUACUGCUUUGGUGUUGGCUAUUUUUAUCCAGCACAACGAUACCCCCAUAGUCAUAGCCAACAACCGAGAUCUCACCUACACUCUCCUGGUCUCCCUCCUGCUCUGCUUCCUCUCCUCUUUGCUUUUCCUCGGCCAACCUAGGAAACUGACUUGCCUUCUCCAACAAACUGCUUUUGGCAUCAUCUUCUCAGUUGCUGUUUCUUGUGUGUUGGCAAAGACCAUCAUUGUUUCUCUAGCAUUCAUAGCCACAAAGCCAGGAUCCAAGAUGAAGAAAUGGGUGGGAAAGAGACUGGCUCAUUCCAUUGUCCUUUCAGCUUCCCUCAUUCAAGUUGGUAUCUGUACUCUGUGGCUGACAACAUCUCCCCCCUUCCCUGAUCUAGACAUGAAUUCAGUAGCUGAAGAAACCAUUGUACAAUGUAAUGUUGGGUCAGCCACCAUGUUCUAUUGUGUCUUGGGCUACAUGGGCUUUUUGGCCAUUGCUAGUUUCAUUGUGGCCUUCCUGGCCCGCAAGUUACCUGACAGUUUUAAUGAAGCCCAGUUCAUCACCUUCAGUAUGUUAGCAUUUUGCAGUGUUUGGAUCUCAUUUGUUCCUACCUACCUGAGCACAAGAGGGAAAGCCAUGGUGGCUGUGGAGAUCUUCUCCAUCUUGGCCUCCAGUGCUGGGUUACUGGGUUGCAUCUUUUCCCCAAAAUGCUACAUCAUUGUGCUGAGGCCAGAACUGAACAGCAGGGAUCAAUUGAGACGAAGAAAGGAUUAA